UCUCCAAUAGAUGGCCACGAAUGCUAAGUGGAUGACAGUCACCAACUUAACCUAAUGAAAAUAACUAACAAUAAUAUUCCGUCAAUUCUCAAUGUGGUAUGGUCGGACACUUUAGGAUAAAUACAGUUUUACGAUUUCCAUGUGGAGAACAAAUUUUUGUAAAUAUAAAUCCAGAGUAAAUUUCUUAUAAGACGUAUUAUGAUGGACUCAAAAAACCCAAGUAAGAAUGGCAGUGUUGACGCAGAAAACUUGAACCUGAGCCUGGACAUGGGGGAUGAUAUGAAACUGGAUGAAGUUAACUACGAGAGCGACGUGUCUUCCAGUAGUUCCGACAGUUCUAGUGCACCUAGCAUAAGUUCAGUUAGUACGAAAUCAUCAACAAAAGGACGUGUAUCUCGACACAAAAGAAGUCGUUCAAGAGACAAAAGCAGCUCACCUGUUAUAAAACGUGCGCGGUCAAAGGAUGUCAGGGGUAAAUCAUACGACUACAUGACCAAAUUAAAUUAUUUGUUUCGUGACGCCCGUUUCUUUGUGAUCAAAUCAAAUAAUGCUGAAAAUAUAACGCUGUCAAAGGCGAAAGGCGUGUGGUCCACUCUCCCGCAAAACGAAGCAAAUCUAAACAAAGCUUACCGGGAAUCCAGAAAUGUUUUACUGAUUUUCUCCGUGAAAGAGAGUGGAAAGUUUGCUGGUUUUGCAAGACUGCAUAGUGAGUCCCGACACGAUGUGCCAGCCAUCUCGUGGGUUUUGCCUCCAGGACUGUCAGCUAAAGCUUUAGGCGGAGUGUUCAAAGUGGACUGGAUUUGCCGCAAGGAACUUCCGUUUUCCAACACCAUGCAUUUGUACAAUCCGUGGAAUGACGGAAAACCUGUCAAAAUCGGACGCGAUGGCCAAGAAAUCGAGCCAAGAGUCGCCGAGGAAUUGUGCCGUCUGUUUCCCGAGGAUGAAGGCAUUGAAGUCACGCCCAUCCUACGUCUGGCGAAAGAAGCAGCAAAAAAGAAUAAUCUGCGGGGACAUCGGCAUCCCAAAACUCGUAUGCCAAUCGCCGCUCAAACCUCCUUCAACUACAGGAGUCGGGGCUCCACCUAUCUGCGACGAAAAUAUUUUUUGUCAAACCGUGGGCUCACUUCCAGCUCAUACAGACGGUCCACGUCUCCGCCGAGGGCCAGGGAUCGGUUCUCGCUUUUCUACGACAGGGAGUCUCCAAGACCUUACACUGCAGCAGCUGCUGAAGCUUACGUUGCGGACUACAUGCGUACGAUGCAACAUCAACUACCUCCGUUGCCCUACGCUCCACCACCAGGACUCUAUGCGAGUUCUGCCUACGAAAGUUUGCCUCCACCACGGUACUAUGACGGACUACCUUUGCCCGAUUACUCGUCGUCAAGAAUUAGUUCAUAUUCGGAUAAGAGGUCGUAUGAUCGCUCAGUUGAUGAAUUUCUGUGGAGAACAAGUGACCGGUCGAGGGACAGGGAUAGGGAAAAUCGUCAACGGUACAGAGAUAGGCGGUGAAUUCGUAUUUAUAAGCUAAAAAUUCAACUUUUUCAUACUAAGUUUAAUUCAAAUUAUAGAUUUUGUAUUGUUUCAGAAUAUAAAUAUAUGUAUGUUUGCGUACUCUUUAAUUGAAAUAGAUCAAUAGCUCAUGCUAUUAUUGCAUUGUGAUGUUACAAUGAUCCAGGUCUUUGGAUUAUGUUAUUGUAAGCUACUUUAAGUUACAGGUUUAUUUGUUUAGUAAUUAAUGUUUAUUCUGUAUGGAGCACAUUUUCUUUCAGUAGUUGAAAAUGUUCAUUGUCAAGCAUUGCGUUAUUUAUUUUUAUUAUUAUAUCAAACAAAUUUUGAGUUUUGAAUUACUUGAAGACAACCCAGGUGUACGAGUAUAUGUUUUUUUGAUUGGCUUAUUUUUGUUAUAAUUUUUACGAAAUUAAUGCCCCCCGCAAGCUGGUUAUAGGUAUUAUUGAAUAAUUACUGUCAAGAUGAAGUUCAAUUGGACUUGUUAUAAACAGGAGAAAUACAUGUUUUCGUCAAA